GGCGCCGCAGGCCAGGGGAGGACGAACGGGCGGUGGAGGCUGUGUCCGCCAUGCCUGAGGCCUCCUGGUGGCACCGAGGCGGGACUUCAAAACCUAGGCUGCAUUACAGGAAGGAAGUAGAAAUUAGAACCACACUUCAGGAGCUGUUACUCUACUUUAUUUUUUUAAUAAACCUAUGCAUAUUGACUUUUGGGAUGGUAGAUCCACACAUGUAUUACUUAAACAAGGUUAUGGCAUCUCUAUUUUUGGACACUUCUGUGCCUGGUGAAGAAAGAAUCAACUUUAAAUCUAUUCACCACAUAACUGAUUUUUGGAAGUUUAUGGAAGGACCCCUUUUGGAAGGUCUGUACUGGGACUCAUGGUACAAUAACCAGCAACUAUAUAAUUUAAAAAACAGCAGUCGCAUCUACUAUGAGAACAUACUUCUAGGACUCCCCAGAGUCCGUCAGCUAAAAGUCCGCAACAGCACGUGCAAGGUCUAUUCAUCCUUUCAGUCUUUGAUAAAUGAAUGUUAUGGCAAAUAUACUUCUGCAAAUGAAGACCUGUCUGACUUUGGCCUUAAAAGUGAUACUGAAUGGAAGUAUUCUACUUCUAAUACCAGCUCACCUUGGCACCGGGGACUUGUUGGUGUUUACCGAAGUGGGGGAUAUAUUUUCACUUUAUCAAAAUCAAAAUCUGAAACCAAAACCAAAUUCAUUGACCUUCGACUGAACAGCUGGAUCACAAGAGGGACCAGAGUUAUAUUUAUUGAUUUUUCCCUAUACAACGCUAAUGUAAAUCUGUUUUGUAUUAUCAGGUGA